AUGGCGCGUGGAAGCGUGCUGGCAGCCGGCACGGCCACGCAAUAUGUCGAAACUCCUGUCCGACCCCACUCCUCUAGGGUUCGUAUUAUGCUCCACACUGCCACCGGGGCAACUGAGCUGGAUCCUGAACGAGUAGCAAAUCAACAGCGCUUUUCGCGCGAUCUUGAGUUUCUCUCGGCGCUAAGCAAUCCAUACUAUUUACAUCAGUUAUCGCAGCAAGGCUACUUUGAAGACGAAGCGUUUCUGCAUUACCUCGAGUAUCUUGACUACUUUCGUGCGCCGCGUUACGUCAAGUACCUCACAUACCCGCAGUCGCUGUACUUUCUUGACCUUCUGAAGCAUGAGGCAUUUCGCUCCGCUGUCGCAGACUCUGCUUGGCCCCACGAUACUGCAGCGCGUCAAAUGGCCCAUUGGGCUACGUGGCGCGAUCCCGUCAAUGUUUCAUUCGGCAGUCCCCCGCGCGAAUGA